UCUCUCUGUGACAAAUUCGAAAUACGUCUAUUAGAAGUUAGCCGUGCGAAAGUCAAAUCCAGUUUUUAAGGAGUUUGGAAAGGUAUUUUCUAAUAUAUUUCUAUUCAGAAAGGCGCUAUUAUUUACUUGUUGUGUGGAAUCGUAAAUGAAUACAACUUUAAAAGUAUCCAUAAAUUUUUGUUUAUGAAAUGUCAUGCAUGCCUGUUUAAUUUAUUUUUAUGCUAUGAUGUGAGGCUGCCAGUAUUCCAUUAUAUUUAUUUUUUGAUAUUUCUUUACAAGUUAUUUUCAUUAGUGUGAUUAAUAUACACAAGUAUGAGUGAAGAUAAAAAAAAUAAUGGCGAUCAGCCUUUUGAACUUGAAAGUCAAUUCAUUUUGCGCCUACCGCCAACACCUGCAGCAGCCUUAAGAGCUGCCGUGCGUUCUGGUGUUAUGAAUUUAGAAGACAGACUAGCUAUACAAAUAGAAAAUGAUAUGAGGCAUGCCACUGUUCAAUUUGAUAAGUGGACUUUGCCAGCAAAAAUUUAUGACCUUCCUACAAUUAUUGAAUCCUCUAAAACAUUAGACAGAAAAAUCUUUUACAAAACGGCAGAUAUUUGUCAAAUUAUGAUUGCUCAGGAAGGAGAUGCAGUGAUGACUGAUGAAGAAGUCUCCCCUAAGAAAAAAGAAAAGGAUAAAGAUAAACGAUACAUGUUGCCUCAUGGUAUCACAGCACCUCUAAAAAAUGUUAGAAAGCGAAGAUUCCGUAAAACUUUAAAAAAGAAGUAUGUUGACCUUCCGGAUGUAGAAAAAGAAGUGAAACGGCUCUUACGAACAGAUACAGAAGCAUUGCAUGUACGAUAUGAGGUUGUGAAUGCUGAAGAUGAAAAGGCUGAAUCCAAGAACGAUGAACGUGGUGAAUUUGAAGGUGAAUCCUUUUCUUUGGAAGAAAGGGAACUCAGCAAUUCACAAGCAGCUGAUGUUGCUGAGUAUGACAUAUUUGGUGAAGUUCUCAGUAGUUCAGAAGAGAGUGGUGAUGAUGAGGAUGUGAAUGUUGUAGAUGUUGGACAAGCUGCUCGGAAGUUAGAAAGUAUUAUUGAAGAACAAGAAAAGGAUGGUGAAGAAUCCAAGGGUGAAAAGGAGGAAGUUGAUCUAGCCAAGAGUAUGCAAUUGGAUCUAUCUCAAGAAAACCAAUAUGAACAGGAAUACGAGCAUGAGAGUGAUAGUAUGGCUGUAUCUCAUUUAGAAUCUGCAACUGCUGGAGAAAAUCUAGGUCAGUUACUGAAAGAGCAAAAAACUGAAGAAGAAAAAAUGGCCCUUAUGGAGAAACUUGGAGAACUUGAACAUAUCAUAUCAAGUUUGCAAGCUAAACGUAGAGCUCAAGAACUGGAAGUAAUGAACAUUGAAAAUCAGGCGCUAAAACAAAGAUUUCAAAAUAGUAUUGAGCGUCUAAAACAAGAUGAAAUGGAAAAACAAAUGGAGUAUGAUGAAAUAAUGAGCAUAUUACAAGAAGGCUAGUUAUUACAGAAGUAGUAUAUAUAAAUAAAAUAUUUCCUCGGAGAAUAUAUUAUGUAUAUGGUUCAUUGUCUUGACUGAUCUUCAUUUUAGAUUUGUACAGAUAUUCAACGACAAAAAAAUGCCUAAUGGUCAUGUGCAUAAUAAUUGACCAAAUAGGCUUUCAUUAUGCUUUGACUUUUUGGAUCAAUCUAAUUCUUACUUGGAGAUGGACAAGGCGCAUAUUAAAAAGAUGUUGAUUGCUUAUGAAAAUUUGCUUAGAAGAACUGUAUAAUUUUGUUUUGAAAUACAUGUGAAUUAUAAAUAUAAUAAGUAACUUAUAUAAUUUUUACGAUAAAAGUAUAU